UGGCGGGAAAAGGGAAAGCAGAAGCGAGCGGCGCACGCAUGUGUGUGCGUGGGGGGGGGUCGCCGUUCAUUCGCCUACUGGGGCUUUGGAGAGGCAGUUCCCCCCGGAGGAGAAGCGGAGGACGGGUUCCCGCGCCCCUUGGCGCCCUUGAGAGGGUCCCCACUCCACAGCCACCGCGCGGGCCGAGAGGAGGCUCCCGGUGGCGCUUUCCCGGGAUCCUUCCUCUUCUAGGGGAGGAGAAGGGUCUCCCCCCCUGUCGCCCUUGAGAUGGAUUCCCCCCUCAGGCUGAAAGGGUAUGGGGUCUUCCUGCCCCCUUCCUCGCUGCUGCUUUUCUACGCCCAUUUUGGGAGAGGGGGGUGAACAUACCACCUCCUCGGGCAGAUUAAAUACGGACAUUCGUCCCUAUGAAUUCGGAUUGAGGGGGCGGCGGGGGCCCGUCACCCCAAUAGUGCCCUUGAGAGACCAGCCCUCUCUAGGCUGGCUUCUCACGAGGAGGUGUCCUUAAGAUCCUUCUCUUUCCCGACAACCGGGAAACUCGCCCCACUGACGCCACGGAGUGCAUGGCGGUGGUAGUCAUUGCCCUAUGGAUGCUCUUUUGGAAAGUCCCCUUAUUUCGGGUGCCCUUGAGACAAUUCCCCGCAUGGUGGCGGGGAGAGAAGGGAAUGGGCAGUUUCAGGCUCUGGAAAAGGUCACUUCCCAAAACCGAUAACUCAAGGCGGGAGUACAAGGGAAGGACAGGACUUCUUCUCGGGGGCAGCCUGACCUCAUCCCAGCUUCUUUUCGUUUAUGGUGGGAAGACUGAGAGCCCACCUUACUGAGGAGCAGAAUGGCACCGUUUCUGCCCUUGAGAGGACCUUCCAUCCCGAGGACCCCCCCCCCCCCGCCCCUUUUCCCAGUGGGUGAAUAGUCGACAUGUGGGUCAUGCCUGGUGCUCUGAUCAGAGCCUGGAUGUUCCCCAGCAUUGCCCGGCAUCUGCCUCUUGUCGCCCUUGCGACAACCUAUGGGAUAGGUUGAGGUUGGGCAGCGGAUUAAUAAUAAUAAUAACAAUAACAACAAUAACAACAACAACAAUAAUCGAAGCUUUCCGGCGUGCAACUUCGAGACUCCUUCCGAGAGCUGCCGAGCCCCUCCCCUCUGUGGGGCGCAUGCAGGAAGAGCACCGCGGAGUUCUUCCUUCUUCUCCAUAUUUGAAUGGGGCGCAGAGGCGUCCCUUUUCCCCGGCUUUUCAGAGGGUGCCCCCCACCUGUAGGAGCAGAAAGGGAGCUGCAGACGGAAUAGGGAGCCGGCUCCCAGCCCGUUACUUUGGGGCCAGGCCAGCCACCUCCGUGUCCAUGAGCCCGCCGCCCUCCUGUCAGAGCUGCCGCCGCCGCCGCCUCCUUCACCAGCAGCCGCUGCCAACUAGGGCGCACAUUGGUGCCGCCGCCGGGCCCAGUUUGCUCGGCCCUGCCAUCUCCUUCCCUCUGCGCAGCAGAAGGAAACGACUACAGACUCCCGUGUGAAGAGAAUGGCUGUGACUUUAGAACAGGCCCGAAGGGCGGCCUAUAUAUUUCUGAAAGCACUCUUAAGAUUUGGCUUCAUGGUUGCCAAUAACCUUGUCGCUAUUCCGUCCUACAUUCUGUAUUUAAUAGUACUGCAACCUCUCCGAUUGUUGGAUAGUAAACGGUUCUGGUAUAUUGAAGGAGUAUUAUUUAAAUGGCUUUUAGCUAUGGUGGCUUCCUGGGGCUGGUGUGCAGGAUAUACAGUCAUAGAAUGGGGAGAUGAUAUUAAUACCAUCUCAGAAGAUGAAGCUGUGAUGUUGGUGAACCAUCAAGCAACAGGAGACAUUUGCACCCUAAUGAUGUGCCUUCAGGACAAAGGCACGGUUGUUCGUAAGAUGAUGUGGCUGAUGGAUCAUAUUUUUAAAUAUACAAACUUUGGAAUUGUAUCUCUAAUUCAUGGAGACUUCUUUAUAAGACAGGGAAAAGCUUAUCGUGACCGGCAGCUUUUGCUUCUCCAAGAACAUCUAGAAAAACAUUAUAGGAGCCGCGAUCGGAAGUGGAUUGUAUUGUUUCCAGAAGGUGGUUUUCUUAGAAAAAGAAGAGAAACCAGUCAGGCAUUUGGCAAGAAAAACAAUUUGCCAUUUCUUACACAUGUUACACUGCCAAGACUGGGGGCCACACAAGUUAUAUUGAAAAACCUGAUAGCUCAGCAAGAAAAUGGAACUCUGGCAGGUGGCGAUGCUCCAGAAGCAGAAAGUAAAUCAAAAGGUCUUCAGUGGGUGAUAGAUACAACCAUUGCAUAUCCCAAAGCUGAACCCCUAGACAUCCAGACCUGGAUUCUUGGCUACAGGCGACCAACAAUUACACAUGUACAUUACAGGAUUUUUCCAAUUAAAGAUGUACCUGUUGAGCCUGCAGCCCUCACCGUUUGGUUGUAUCAACGGUUCAUCGAAAAGGAGGAUCUUUUGUCACACUUUUACAAAACAGGAGCAUUCCCCCCUUUGCAGGGACAGACAGAAAUUGUUUCCCGGGAGAUGACCCUUAGCAAUUUGUGGCUGAUACUCGUACAGUUGUUUGCGUUUUUGUCAGGUGGUAUGUGGUACUGUGUUCUUCAGUAUUUUUAUCAAUGCCUAUUUUAAAAGGUGAAUGAAUGGGACCUAAGAACAAAAGGAGGAACUUGGUACUUUACAGAGUGCAUCAUGUUAUGUUCAAAUGUGAAUAUACCAGGAUAAAGGAACAUUACUGGAUGGACUUUCUCCCCCUUCGGGAAUUUUAAACUCCGCUAGGAGAGAGAAUCAGUAACACAGCAACCUAAUGAUGUAUUUUAAGAACUGUCCAUAUUUUUAAAGGGUGUGUCUUCCUCGCACAUCCACGUCAGCAAAUUCGGUGUUUGAACAGGAGAUACAAUUAUACAACCACCACAGGUGAACAUCUGCAGCAAGAUUGCUUUCACCGCAGGUAGUAUUCAGCAUUAGUAAAAACUUGGAAUCUUCAGCAACUUUCUCUCCAGUAGUCUGUACUGCAAGUCUUGUGGUAGAGAUCCCUCAUCUGCACAAGCUCAAGUUGUAUUGUAAUUAAUCAUGCUGGAUCUGUUUAAUGUACUCUGCAGACCUGGUUAUGGUAUUGUGAGUGCCCCAUGUUACCUGUUUAGUAGAGACCUCUCUCUUCUUCUUCUUCUUCUGGAAAAAAAUAUCUCAGUGAGAUCUUGUAUGGGAAAGCUAGAAAAGGAAAAGCGCUCUGCAAAAGGCAUUACUGUGCCAUGAAGUAUUGAAGAAAUUGUGCAUACCUCAUUGACCCAUCUGUUCUUACCAUGUUUUCUGUCUUUCCUUGUGUAAAGGUACUUCAAAGAUGGCACAUCACAUAACCCGCUUUCCGUUCUGGUUUUACGGUGCAUUUUGUAAAUUGGUAGGGAUCUUUUCUUUCUUUCUUUGCAAAACAAUUUUGAAAAUGCAAUACAGUGGUAGAAAAGAGCAUAGCUUGAAAGGAAUUUUGAUGCUGUCCAUGACAAAUUGGAUUCUUGAUAGCUAUUAGCAGUUCAGAAAGGUCUGUGGAUUGCCAUCCCUAAAGUGUACCUGUUGCCACAGUCUAGCCCAGGUGAUAUGGGUGGGCGUUGUUUUUAACCUUUAUAGAGGCCUUUUUCCAUUUGACACAACAGUACUGGAACAUCCAUGUGAGGGUUUAUGCCAAGCACCACAAUUCUUUGCUUAUAGGGGGGAAAUAUAAAAGGAAGUUAGCAGAGUCAUGAAACAGUAUAUCUAGUCAUUGGGUAAAACGUUUGCUUUACCAUCCUCAACUAAUGUAAAAAUUCUCUGAACCAUGAAGAGCAUUACGAAAUCUGCCAUCUUGCUGAAAAAUGUCACUGUCAUAGAAAGGGAAUUUCAAUUUAAGAGGCAGACUGGCACUAAAGCAGGAUUUCAGGUAAUAACGUUACAGUUUUAUAAUGGUUUUGAAGGAAAUAUAUUUGUUACCUAUCACUCUUGGAACGUUUGGCAUCCUGUCUGUAUGACUAUAUGAAGAUAUAUUUAAAAAGAACCAUUCCUAGGAAACAGUUCCUAAUUUCCACAUACAGACGCGCAAACGAAGCUUGAAUGACAGAAUGUUGUCUUUUUAUGGACUGUAAGUUUUUCUAAGAGCCAAGCCAAGCCAACAGUAGUUGUCUGUGCUAAGUUUGAGGUAUAUAUUCUCCUGGUUUCCCCCCCCAAAGUCACAUGAGAACCAAUUUUGGUGAGUAGUAUACAAAAUAAAAAUAUAAAACCACAGCAUCAUCCUUUUUUCUUUUGCUUUGAGUGGGGAAGAGGGGGAAUGGGAAGAGAUGAAUUUCCCCUAGCUAUGGGAAUGAAACGUCACCUUACCGAAUACAGGCGAAUAGUGUUUUUAAAUAAUGAAAUGCAUUUUGGCAUGGAUGAUGGCAACAUCCGCCAUUCAUUCUAGAAGAUAACUCCAGUACAUUUCACUGGAAUGAGACCACUGCAGAUACAAUGGGAAAAGUCAGUUGGCAGUUCAGACCUGCUUUUUGAACUUCAUGCAAACUUAAGGAUAAAACAUAGAAAUAAAAUCCAUUUUAAAUAAAGCACUUCUUACAGAAGGAAGCCUUUGGGGGGGGGGAGUGGCCAGAGUUCUUUGGUUUUUAAUCCUCCUUGCCUUGUUGAGUUAUAGCAAGCAGUUUGCUUCAUUUCUGGUACUGAUGUAUGUAGCUUCGAUCCUGAAUGACAAACAUCUUGAACUGGGAUGCAAAGCAGCAGCUGCUGUUUUAGUGUAUAAUUUAUUUGGACAUACGACCUAUUUUAGGAAGGGCGUGAUUAUUCUCAAAACAAAGACUUGCAUCCAUGGGCGUAGCCAGGAUUUUUUGUGGGGGGGGGGAGGACUUUUGUUAGGGGAGGCAGAACCGACAUGAUUGGUCAGUUAAGUAUUUCUAUUGUUUUACUUGAUCGGGGGUGGGGGUGGGUGCUGCUGCUGCUGCUGCUGCUGCUGCUCUCCCUGCCUCCUUGGCUAUGCCCAUGCUUGCAUCUAAAUGUAGGUAGUGAAAAUUAGGUAUGCAUUGUGCUGCUUCAUCAGACUUCCUGUUUGUUCUGCUAUAGCUGCAUUGAAUUCAUCAGAACCAAAUCCAGAGUACGUUUGCGGAAUACAGAAAAAUGGAAAGUUAGUUAAGAGAACAUUUUUAAAAUGUGUGUAUAUAUACAUGAAAUGCUGUAUAUACGCAGUAGGUUGGUCCAGUUUUGAGUACAGUAAAGGUAAAGGUACCCCUGACCGUUAGGUCCAGUCACGGACGACUCUGGGGUUGCACGCUCAUCUCGCUCUAUAGGCCGAGGGAGCCGGCGUUUUUCCGCAGACAGCUUCCAGGUCAUGUGGCCAGCAUGACUAAGCUGCUUCUGGCGAACCAGAGCAGCGCACGGAAACGCCGUUUGCCUUCCCGCCGGAGUGGAACCUAUUUAUCUACUUGCACUUUAACAUGCUUUCGAACUGCUAGGUUGGCAGGAGCUGGGGCUGAACAACGGGAGCUCGCCCCGUCGUGGGGAUUCGAACUGCUGACCUUCCAAUCAGCAAGCCCUAGGCUCUGUGGUUUAGACCAUAGUGCCGCCUGUGUCCUUUUGAGUACAGUAGUUCAGUUGAAAACGCCCUGUGUUAAUGUUGGCUUGAGCCUUCCAUUUAAUGAAGUAUUUCAUAGUGAGUGAGGGUUCAACAUAGGCAUCUGGUUGGCCAGAGGAUGCUGUCAUUGGCCUGUUCCAGCAGGCUCUUUUGUUCUUAUGAGUGGACAUUGUCCUGGGUUGUCUGCCUCUUACAAAGAGGAGACAGAGGAUUCAUUGCACAUUGGAAUAUAAUGAACUUCCUCAACAUCUUUUGCAUCACCUAAUCCGACAUAAGACAGUAUCUUACAAUUCUGUAUCCAAAUUGUAGAGUUGGAAGCGACCCCGAGGGUCAUCAAUUCCAACCCCCUGCAAUGCAGGAAUUUCAACUAGAUCACACUUUACAGAUGGCCAUCCAACCUCUGCUUUAAAACCUCCAGUGAAGCCCACCAACUUCCAAGGGAGUCCGUUCCACUGUUAAACAGCUCUUACCAUCAGAAAGUUCUUCUUGAUGAUGAUAAAAAUAUUAAUAUUAAUAAUAAUAAUUUUAUUAUUUAAGUCCCGCCCAUCUGAGUUGCCCCAGCCAGUCCGGGUGGCUUCCAACACAUCUAAAAACAUAAUAAAACAUCAGAGUUGUUUAGUUGGAAUCUCCUUUCUUGUAACUUGAAUCCAUUGGUUCGAGUCAUCUAGAUGAGCACCUCGCAGUUCCAUCUUUGCAGCAGCUAGCUCACAUUACAAUUCAUGUUCCUCUGUGUAAGCAUACAAUGAAAGAGGUGCAUUUAUAUAAUGGUAUCAGAAUAGUUGAAGAUUAGAAAGGGACCACUAAUUUGUGUCGAACUACUUCAAUAGGCACCCUUGCUUUCUCUCCAAAAACAUAGUGUAGAGCCAGCUCAUCCCAUGCUGAAGCUUACCAUACUUGUAUGCCAUCAUACGGGGAUUGGUGGCUGUGGGACAUACCUUGAUGCGUUGGGGUCAUCAUGCAAAACUCUCCUGGCAAUUCAGACAUUGUGACUCUCUAACACACACAUGCAUUUUUCAUCAGCGUGACUGGAGGAUGUAAUGUUAGACUCUGAAUCAUAAUUAUUUUAAAAUUAAUUAUUAAAUUUGUAUACUGCCCUUCACCCGUAGAAUUACAACAUAAAGAACACAAAGUACACGAUAAAAAGAAGAACAAGAACAAACUGUUAAUCCCACACACACGCACAGAGCACACUUAAAAGUUCAUCAGAUGUUAGUUGGCCAAAGGCCUGGUUGAAGAGGAACCCUUUCAUCUGGCGCCAAAAGGUGUAUAAUGAAGGCACCAGCUGAACCUCCCUAGGGAGAGCAUUCCACGAUAAUGAAGGCUUCUUUGGCAAAGCCUGAAUGGUGGAUGGCAAACACCCACUCACAAAGCUCGAUUUACUAUGCCCUGCGUAUUUAUUUUCUAUCCAGAAUAGUUUGUGUAGAAUAAUAUGCCCAGCAGAACAUUGUUUUAACAAAUCUAACUGCUUUACAUGAGACAGUUUCAUUUCAACAUUAUGGAACAGUAGAAAACACAAGGAUAAAAAUUACGAUGCUUUCUCAGGUUUGGUGUGGGUGUUGGAGAUUCAGCUGAACCUAUUUUUAGUCUUGCAAUUUUGCAUCAGUAUGUUGACUAGGUAGUGUAAAACAUCAACCGAAGAAGAUUUUAAGCGUUUUGAAGGCUAACCAUUUAUUAACAAGAAACCAUCAUGGCCUUAACCGUUUUAAGGUGAUGCGUGCCAUUCACACAGAUCCCUUCCUCCCCACUCUUUGAGUUGAAAGUCACUGUUCUGCAAGCUUUCUUAACGUUUGCGCGUUAUGCUGUUUUUAGCAAGAACUUCUGUUACAGUUACAAUUGUAAACCUUACUUUAUAAAGAUCCAAAGGUCUUGUGGUGUUCAGGAAGCAAGACCAUACUCCUUUGAAAUCCAGCCAAAAUAUGGUGGAUGUCAGGUCUGAUCUGCAAACGUUCGUUUUUGCGACUUGGUUUGUUCAGCACGUGACUCAUAACUGAAUGUGCGAACUGCUUUUAUGGAAAAGCAUUGCAUUGCGAAGUAAUGUUGAGCCUGUGGUCAGUGAUGGCUCAUUGAGAGAUAGAACAUGCGUCUGUGAACUGGGCCAGUCUAAUACAAUUAUGCAAACCAUGCCUAACCUACCUAUAUCUACUCCACGGCUUCUUUUCAUUUUAAUGGGGACCCCCUUAUUACAGUAUAUCCUAACGCUGCAGCACUUGGUGUUCUGUGCCCCAAAGCUGCUUUCUGGAAACAAGGAUACCAAACAAUUGUGUGGGGCAGCAGUUCAGGCUUUGAGAAUUUCCUCUAGAUAAAACGUUACAUGCACUUGGGACCAAAGUUAAUGAAUUUCUUUCUGGACUUCUCAGCAUACAGGUUGGUAUGAAUGAAUGAAUGGUAUUGACACUUGGCCUUUGGCCGUGGAUUUCUGUUUCUCCCAAAAACAAACACAACAAAGCUUACAGCUGAAGCUACCAUACUGGCGAGGGGAGGUGGGGAGCCACAUGAAAAAGUACAUAUGAAAUAACCAUGUUUUGCAGAGUUAUACGCUUGGUUUUGUAAGGAGGGAGUUGGAAAGGGAAGAUUAAACUGCAAGGUCAUCACAAUUAGUUGUGAAUUACUUUUGUUGCUCUUGUACAAAACUUGUAGGUUGUCCUGUUGAAUACCUGCCUACGAAAAUUCCUUAAACAUAUGGUGGCUUUGAGAAAGUCUAUGCAUUUUAUUGUUAUACUUCUUAAAUGUCCAGUAAAAUCUUGCAUUGAAUUUCCUCCUUGAUGGUGAUGAAGAUGAUGGGGUUUGGGAUGCCAUAUUCUUUAGUUUGGUCUCUUGCCUUCUCUUUUGUGUAUCUUUUUCUUCCCCUUUUAUUUUAUGCCAUAUGUGAUUGGAAUGACUACAGGCACCAUGGGGUGAUUCUGUUAAAGGACUGGUCACAUUUGGAUUUUGUGCUUCAAGUUGAUUUUUUUCUCUCAGAAACGUUUUCUUUAUCAAAAUAAAUAACCAAUCAACAUUCUUCUUUUUUAUACUUCUGCAGAUACCAAAAAUGCUUUCAUCUUCGCAGGCAAAUAUAUGGCAUUAUUGGGUUUGGAGUUUUUGUUUUCCAUAUUACAGCUGUUAAUAGACAAGAAAGGGAAAUAAUGUGCUGGGUUCAUUUUGUUUCCCAUAAAACAUUGAAUCGGUUGUGUUAUUUGUUCUUGCUGCAAGUUUGUAUGUGUGUUAGCUAAAUAUAUGGUUUGUUAAUUCUGCUUCCAGCUGGAAUAGUUCUAUUUAUAGUUCUCAGGAAUAGCAUAGAGACUCGUCUUUUUCUGCAAGAAGGGACUGGAUUGUCACCUGCCAUUUUAACUCAGUCACAGUAAUAACUGCAUAGAUGUUUGCAGGGAUCUAGUGACCAAUAUAAAGGUAUGAACAUUUCAGAGUUGCUUAAGGGAAAGAAGAAGGCUGCUGCCAUAACGUAUCUUUGUUUGUUUGUUUGUUUGUUUGAAAUGUAUGCAACCACUUUGAAGAACGUUUAGCUUAAAAUAAGCAAUACAGGGUGCCAUGGUGCCAUGGACUUACAGCCCUGCGAUGCAGCGCUCUAGUAACACUAAGGCCUGGUUCAGGUUAAAAGCAACACCACAGGGAGAAGGUGUGGCUUUGUAAGCUGACAGAACUUCUGUAGAGACACUACUUUGCAAGCGCAAAUGAGGGUUGCCUCUAUGGCCGUGAUUAUGCAACUACACGACCCUUUUUGUGAGUUGCCACUGUAGCUCAGAUUUGCAUGUGGCUGGGUAGGGCGUGCUAUAAGAACACCAUUGUGAGGUUGAGUCCUACACAAACCUGGCGGAAGCCCUUGUUUGCACAGAGAUGCCAUUAGUCUGAACCCUUAGUCAAGUGGUGUCAAUGUUUUAAGCAAAGUGGCCGUAAUAGGAAAGUAGAAACAAAUGGAACUCUUAGGAGCGAGCCGAAGCACAUUGCGCAGCCCAAAGAACUGUGCAUUGUGGUUACUGUCUACCUCUUUGUUUCACCUCUGGAUUUUGUUUGGGUUUGGAUUUUGUUCUUUGUGCUGAUGAUGAAAGUGUUAUUUUUUAAAUCAAAAUCAAAACGUAGGGGGAAUGAAGUUUAAAGCACUACAAGAUCCAGUGCUGACCAGCCCUGUUCUGCACGUCUUUGACAAAAGCCAUUGUUUUUAAUUCCUAAUAUAAAUAAUGUUUGUAAAGUUCCUUCCUGCUAGGGGGGAAAUAUGUAUUUUUAAAAAAGGGGGGGGAAUCUGUCUUUUGGCUGUAAGAAUGUCAGCUGUAUGAGCAGGUGUGAUCAUAUCAUAACAUGCUGAUUGGAUAUAAAUCAAUAAAGUUUAUACCUCUCAGGACUCUUUGUGCUUGGUCUUUUGGGUAAUCUAUUGGCAUGCUCCAACAUGUGGGCAGAGAGAAAGUGAUGUACUGAUUCAGGUCAUGUGAAUUAUGUAAUGAACCUUGGCCAGAAACUAACACAAAUUUGUUGACUCGAGUACCAGAAUGGCAUUGGAAAAAUAGCAAAGAGCACAGUGGAAAUGAGGUUAGAGGUUGCAAAGGAGUAAGUUGGAAAGUAUGUGCCAGAGUUUACAAGCCAGUCUAGAUCUAAGCACAGUGGUACCUUGGUUCUCAAACUUAAUCCGUUCCGGAAGUCUGUUCCAAAACCAAGGUGCACUUUCCAAUAGAAAGUAAUGCAAAAUGGAUUAAUCUGUUCCAGACUUUUAAAAAUAACCCCUAAAAGAGAAAUUUAACAUAAAUUUUACUAUCUUAAUGAGACCAUUAAUCCAUAAAAUGAAAGCAAUAAACAAUGUCCUGCAGUAACACAAUCAGUAGCUGAACUGGGUUCCACAGUCACAAAACCGCCUGCAAAAACGCAAAAUAAAUAGCAAAAACAGACCUAAACAUAACACUCAAAAUCAGAAGAGUAAAACUCAAAACGUGUGGCACUCAAAACGUGUGGCACUCAAAUCAGAAGAGUAAAACUCAAAACAGAGCACAUUCGGCUUUUGAAAAAAGUGCAAAUCGGAACACCUCCGGGUUUGCAGUGUUUGGGUUUCAAGUUGUUCGAGAUCCUAGGCGUUUGAGAACCAAGAAAAGGAGUGAGCUACGAGGAGGGGCAUUCACUUUCAUUUUUACACCACUGAUAAAUUACUCAAACAUAUUUGUAGAUGAUCGGUGUUCUAAAAUUACAGGUUCAGGAAGGGGAAGGGAAAACUCCCGUUGUGAUCACUGUUACUCCGCGUGGACUAGAAAUAAGGAUUAGCGCUCAUGAGUUACCAUAGUACCAAAACAGCAACAAUAGGCAAUGCUGCUAAACUUCCUGUUUCCCUUUUACUGCCACCCAUUUUUUGAGAGACUAGGUCUGAAACCCCUGAAUCGAUGGCCUACUGUAGCUGCCUGUGCAAUGCAAUUCUAAGUGCAUAGAUGUGCCAAACAAAACAAAGGAGGGAGAAGCGUAUUUAUAUGUUGACAGACAUAAAGUCUGAGAAAUUUGUUAUGUUCCUUUGUUGCCAGUUGUAUCUAUCCUUGAUCCAUGCCCUCAAAGCUCUGCAAAUAGGUGUCCUGAUUGUAACAGAGCAGGGGGGAUUCUGCACUGUUGUUAUUUUUGGGUUAGAUUCAAUCACAACACCAACAAAAUCAGGUUGCGCAAUUAAAGCUGUUUUGGCACACUUGCACAACAAACUUGCUUCCCCCCCCCCAAAAAAAAAAUAUCCAGACACUUUGAAAUUAGGAAAGAAAUGGGGCAUUGCACCUGGAAUGUGGGCAGGGGCAGAGCAAGCGG